UGUGGUCUGGUCCACAGUUCCAGCGUCGAAAAAAAACUAAAAAAAAACUCGCUGUGGAUAAGCUUUGGAGGGUGGAAAAGUUAAAAAACAAACAAGCAAGCAAGCAAGCAAACAAAAAAACAAAAAACAAAAAACAAAAAAAAAACAACAACAACAACAACAACAACAACAGAACACAACACAAUAACAGUAAAUAAAUCCGCACAAUAUUCGCAGAGGGAUAAGCCUGUGAAGAAACUAGAAGAACUGAAGUCAUAUUGCUGCUGCUCAGACCCGCUGGUUAGAGGACAAUGGCUGACCUUGAUCUGAGUCUGAGUGAUGCUCUUGUAGACAGCCCGCCCCCUGGUGUUGAGGAGCCAGUAGUACAGACAGACUUCAUUGCGUCGCUGGAGGCCGAGAAAUUUGAUGAUGUCGUUGGGGAGACUGUGGACAAGACCGACUACCACCCCCUGCUGGACAACGAUGAGGAGCCUAAGAACAAGAGCUGUGUUGUGAGAGAGAAGGCUGUGCUGGAGAACGGAGAGCAUGAUGGGCAGGAGGCACAGAAAACAGAAGCUGUGAGAACGGUAGAUCUGAAACAGAAUGUAGCAGUGACCCCUGCACCUCCAGCGCAAACAGAGAAGGCUGAGAAACCUCCAUUGAUCACCCCCAUAGCUGAAUCCCAGAAACCCUUUCCUGCAGCUGAACCCCCCAAAUCACCGGUCGCGCCAGUAACCAAACUCCCCAGCGCUGCAGCCAGCCCUGAGACCCAGCCCCUAAAACCAUCACAGACUGAGGGACCGCCAAAGACCCCUGAAAACAAGGGUGCAGAACCGGCAAAACAUCCUGUGUCUGAGCCCCCGAACCCCCCAGACACGAAGCAGGAGGAGGACCCUGGAGUAGGAGCAGUCUUUGCUGACCCCUUGGCUUCACUCCUGCAAGGAUGGACUGACCAGCUGCAGGGAAACAGAGGCUUUCCACAAGACCUGCCACUGUUUACUCCCAGCGUUUCCACCGUGAUCAGCAAACAUGGGGCUGACAUGUCCGCUUCCACCUCCAGCACAGUCAAGACCACAGUGACUGUAGCAUCAAUGCCAGGUGUCCAGGGCGAGGGUCUUGUCAACAUUGGCAACAUUUCCCAGCAAGUGCCUCAAGUCUUGAUGAAACAGGCAUGGGUCCCAGGAAAUGACUCCGCCAUGGUUACAGUGUUGAAAACCUCCAAUGAUCACAAGUCUGGCCGCAGUCAGAAAACCCUGGAGUUGGCACCGGGGAUGAAGACCGACCUGGGCAAUGGUGGUGGUGGUGUUGAGGAGGAGGAGGAAGUUUGUGAAAUCACGGAGACGAGAGAGAUGGAAGUGGUGAGUGUUGUCCUGGAGAGGAAGCAAAAGAAAAAGAAGAGAAGGAAGCCAAAGAUAACAGAGCUGCAGGAGGAGGAGCCCAAAGACCCCCAAGCGCACAGAGAAAAACAGUUCCUCACCAAACUGGAAUCAGGGGACUUUCUCAAGACAGAGGGUGCUGCAAGGAGCCAGGCUUCAGCUGAAGCUCCUGUUUUAGAAAAGUCCCAGGAGAUCUCUCCCUCUUCCUCCAAGGAAGAACAAAAGCUGGGGCAGGAUGGAGGGGAAUCUGAGCCCAGGGGACCAACAAGUCAUCUGGCAAUGACCACAGAUAAGCAGAGACAUGCUCAGAGGAGAGAGGAGAUGUGGGAGAGGGAGGAGGGAGCCGCCAGGAAUAAGGGCAGGAAGAACAAGCAGCAGAGGAAAAAGCAGUUUGAAGAAGGGAUGGAGAAGGUCUGGGUAGGUGAGGUUAAGCACCAGGGUUCAUCAGUGCACAGCAAAAAGGAAACUGCAUCCACACAGGUCCAGCAGGUAGCAUCAAAGAACACCCCUGAAGUUGGUAAAGAGAAGGUCUGUGAAGCUGGCCCUGAGAAAGGCGCUCCCAGAAAGGAGUUCUGUGAGGUUCCUGGCAUGAAAUAUUCCCCAGGAACCAUGCAGGCUGCAAAAGAAGUCCCCUGCAACAUGAACAGGGAAAAGGUUGGCAGUGUUGAACCCGCGGAGGUCUGUGAGGAUGGUACAGAGAAAGCACUUAAUGUUUCAAAGGAGAAGGUCCCCCACCCUGGCCUAGAGGAGGUCCAUGACUGCAAACUUAAAGAAGACCCUGUCCCUGGGGUGAAAGAAGCCCCUGCUCCUGCCUCUGUGGUGAAAGAUGCCCCUCCCUCUUCCCCUGCCCCUACCACUGCACCUGGGGUAAAACAAUCUUCUGCCCCUGGGGCACAAGAAGCCCCUGUUCCUGCUCCUGCACCUCCCACUGCCCCUGCAGUGAAUGAUGUCCCUCCUUCUGCUCCUGCCCCUCUCACUGUCCCUGGAGUAAAACAGUCUUCUGCCCCUGGGGCACAAGAAGCCCCUGCUCCUGCACCUCCCACUGCCCCUGCGGUGAAAGAUGUCCCUCCUUCUGCCCCUGCCCCUCCUACUGCCCCUGGAGUAAAACAAUCUUCUGCCCAUGGUCUGCAUGAAGCCCCUGCUCUGGCACCUCCCACUGCCCCUGCGGUGAAGGAUGUCCCUCCAUCUGCCCCCGGAGUAAAACAGUCUUCUGCCCCUGAGGUGGAAGAAGCCCCUGCCCCUUUUGUUGAUCUGAAAGGAGCCCCUGACAUGGUCAAGAAAGUCAGUGAAAUAGACUCACAGGUGGUCUGCACAAACAAAGGCCAUGACACUCCAAAACAGAUUUGCAAAAUUGGUCCACUAGAGGUUGUAGAAGAAAGAGAGAAUGUACCCAAGAAAAACGAAUCUCCUAACACAAUGCUAGUGGAUAUGGGCUCUAAAGGAGAAGUCUGCCUUGCCUUAGGGAGUAACAUUACCCCAGAAGUCCUGGAGCCUGCAUCGACCAAGACCCUAGAACUCAGCCCUGCUGAGCCCAGCAAAGUUGAGACAAAACGUCCUGAGGGACAAAACCUCAAAGCAGCUUCCACGGAGCAGAAGACGACUGAGAAAGACACUCACCCUGGGCAACAGCAGCAGACACUCACAGCCCUGACUCAAAAGAAGGACUUGCCAAAGGCGGAAAAGAAAGUUAUAAAAAAGAAUGGAGACAAGAUGAGACCAAAAGAAGGGAGAGCUGCACCGGAGGUGAAGGACUACAUAAGAGCCACGCAAUUGAGGUCAGCCCAGAAACUGGAUAACACGACCCCUGGUCCCAGAGCCCAGGAUGAGCCAAGCUCGAGACACGUGAGCUGUCAGGAGGAGGAUGUGCUGCAGAGGACCGCUACUGGGCCAGAUGAAGCUCCGGUGAAAGCGGAGAAGUCAGAAAAAGACGCCACAGCAAACGGAAUCAGAGCUGCGCCUAAUAAGGAACUCCCACCAAGCCCAGAGAAGAAAACCAAGUCCGCUGCAGCCACCACCACUCCAUCUGCCAAGCCGAGCUCAGCAGCCAAACCGCGGCCAUCCUCAUUGUCAACUGCAGGCGCUCCCAAACGCCCGGCCUCAGCCACGACCCCCAACAAAAAAACACCCACCUCAGCAACCACGCCCACCUUCGGCUCCAAGAGAGCCACGCCCACCACACCGCGCCCUGCCUCCUCAACACCCAGAGACACCAAGCCCAAGCUCUCGGAUGCUCGCAGUCCAGUAAAGAGCCCUGAGAAGCACCCUGCAGUCCCCAAGGCCAGCCCUGCUCCUGUUGCUAAACCUCCUGUCCCGAAGAGCAGUGUCACACCCAAACCGGCCACACCCCGCGCCCCAGUCCAGAGGAACAGCACCAGCACUAGCACCAGCACCCCGCCCAAGAGGCCCACAUCAAUCAAGACUGACUCCAGACCAACAGAUGUGAAGAGAACAAGUACAGCGAAAUCACCAUCAGUAGAGCCCAGCAGGUCACGGGUGGCUCCAGUCAGCUCCAGGAGUAACGCCACAACCCCCAGCAGCCCAGGAACCCCUUUGGCUGUUAACCGCACCCGUACCCCCAAACCCCCGACCCCCACUGCCACUGCCGACAAGAAGCUGACCCCCCAGCGAGGACCUCCCAAGACCACCCCCCGCCCCGCCAGUGCUGCCGGAGCAGGCACCCCGACCCCCCUCAUCAAGAACGUGAGAUCAAAGAUCGGCUCCACUGACAACAUCAAGUACCAGCCAGGGGGAGGCAAGAAACGCAACACUCAGGUUCAGAUAGUCACCAAAAAAAACGACUACAGCCAUGUCACUUCGCGCUGUGGCUCCAAGGACAAUAUCAAGCAUGUUCCUGGUGGUGGGAAUGUCUCAAAAGCACAAAAAUCUGCUCCCCCGAGCCGCAUGCAAAGCACAGUCGGCUCCAAGCAACCCAGUGUGCAAAUUCUCAACAGGAAAGUGGACGUGAGCAAAGUCACAUCGAAAUGUGGUUCCAAGACCAAUAUCAAUCACAAGCCAGGUGGUGGUGAAGUGAAGAUCGAGAGCCACAAGACGAACUUAAAAGACAAGACCCAGUCGAAGGUAGGCUCCAUGGACAAUGUGGGGCAUGAGCCAGGCAGCGGGAAUGUGAAGGCUGAGGGAGAGAAGGAGGCAGCUGAGGGAGCUGUGACUCCCCCUAUUGUCACUCCUACUGCAGCGCCAGCAGGGAGCGAGGCGCGGGAGAAUGGAGUAAAAGAGACUCCUGCCUGCACCGGGGAGACGAGAGAGACAAAGGGUCUGGAUCCCCACAUCCCCGAGACAAAUUGAGUCUCACAAGCUGACGUUUCGCAAGAACGCCCGGGCUCACACGGACCACCGAGCCAAACUCAUCUACAAAUCCCACUCCCGAGUGGCUACGCCACCUCCCCCUCACCAUCAUACAGCGCCUCUCUCAGCGAGUCACUAGGCUCCUCCUGCAGUGCCCGCUCCCCGCCAUCCCAACAUGCAUCCUGGCACAGGAAGUCAUCGCAGCGCUGGACUGACAGGGGGCUGUGACUCUGCCUCCCUCUCUUCUUAUACUCUUCUAGCGUGGUUAUCUUUUCUUUUAUCUAUUCCUCUCUCUCCCUUUUAAGAUUUUUUUUUUUUAUUAUUAUUAUUAUUGUAAAUAGUCCGGGAGGUUUUGAGGUGGUUUCUGUGUGGGUGCACCUGUGGUUAAACAACCUGGCUGUCUGUCUCUCGCAUUUGCUCUGUCUCUCUUUAAAUCAAUGAAAUUCAUAAUUAGAUUUAAGGAGUCACUGGAUGCAAACUUGGGAUUUCUCCCCCCAGGAACAGACCAUGUUUGAUCCUCUGACAAUUUAGAAACACACAUAGAAAGAAACUUAAUCAAUUCAAUGACAGGAGUUUGGACAAGAAGCCUUUCUCGGUGUUCAUAGAAUUAGUAUUUCUGAACUUGUUCAGUGAAUAAUAGUUGUGGAGGAACCUGUUAUAACCAACCCAAUACAAGUAUACUAGUAUAGACACUACAUUCACCAGCAUGUUGAGCAUCCCAGAUGCACAGGGAUCCAAUAUUAGUUUAGACAGCUGCUUGCUUGCUCAUGUCACAAGAGAAGUUUGGAUAAUGCCUUCCUUGUUGAGUAGUUCCAGCAGAAUAGGGCUGGAUCAUCGCAGCACAAACUCUGCAUGUGCACUUGGGGAGGGCACUGUGGAUGUUGAAUGUAUCAUUUCUGUGAUUUAAAUGGAGAGAGCAUGUCAUUCCUUAUUUAUUAUGUUAUUUCAAAACUUUGUUUGACUUCCUAACUCUUAAAGGAUUGGCUAUAGGGUUACCCUUAUAAAAGUUCCCCCGUGGUAAAAGCAUACCAAAGUGUAAUUUAAGCACAGUGACAGCAUGAUUAA